AAUUUUCCUGCACGACACGAAGGUAUACGAACAGUUAUAUAGGAAUAGUCCGGACAACGAAUUCUGACAAACGGGAGGAUCAAAAACGAUCGUGAGUAAAUAGAGCGAGAAGGGGGUACGUACCCUUGCGGAACGCGCGUGUAUAGUCGCGCGACGGACGAUUGAAGUACGCGAGGACCGUGUGUAUUCCGAGAGUUCCUUCGUAGAUCGGUGCAUACGUGCGUGUACGAGAACUACUAAGAGGUGGGGGAGACAGUCUAUACUUCGCGGAUAUCCGGCGGGGAAACCGCAUGCAUUCGUACGAAGCUCUCUGAGAGAGCGAGGGAAAAAAGAGGAAGGAUCUGGCGCCGAGGGAAACACGGGUGCUCUUAAGUGCUCGACAGAGACUUGAGAGGAGAAAGGAGGUUCUUUGCGUUCCGAUUGCCGCGUAUCUUGCACGUUCUCCUUUUUGUCUUCAGACUUCAGAGGAGUCAAAGUGCAAUAUUCCUCUCAUAGAUAUUGAUUCUAUCAUUUAUCGUCAUCCCGUAUCGUUGAUCCUCGUGCGUGCGUGCUCGCACGCAACGGUUGAAAUUUUCGGUACAAAUAAUAAGGGUGGUGGAAAGAGGUGGAAGGACGUGACGGAGAGAGAGAGAGGGAUCAAGGGGAAAAGAGAGAAGUCAGAAACACGCCGAGCAGUGCUGCUCCCUAUUGGCGACGUCGAGUCGCGCUCCCCACCCGGGACAGUCGAACGAGGUCCGAAGGCGAGUUCUCGGCGUGUAACUACGGUGAUUUUCCCUUACGAGAGUGUACGCACGAGACCUCGUAGCUCUGCACCACAUUACGUUUCGUGUAAACAUUUUCCUUGUACGUAUAAUAUAUCGUGGGUAGUAUCAAGCUAGAACAUUAUUCUGGAAACGUGAAGAAAUAUCUUUCAAGGAAAUCGAAAAACAGCCAGAAGGAGAAAGAGACAGAGAGAGACUGGCAGCGAAGUCCGCUUUACACGCGUGCUAUCGUCGAUAUUCUCUCUCUCAUUGACCGACUGUGUGUGCGCCGAUCGUGAACGCGUCCCACGCGUGUGUCGCGUAUCACCGCCGCCGGUGAAACCGAGAGAAUUCGAACGAGUCAGAGGGUAAAAUAGGAUUUCUCGCGUGGUCGGUCCUCUCCCGUGGCACGCGCGGAGAGGGGUGUACGGAAAAGUGAGAGAGGGAGAAGGAAAGAAAGCGAGACACCGCUAGACGAGGAUAGAAGAGGAAGGAGAGGAAAGAAGAGGAUAGAGACUCUUGAGGGGGAGCGACGAAGACGUGUAUAGUGCACAGAGGCGAUAGUGCUGCGCCCCAACGGCCGUUUGUCGAAGCUCAGUUAUCACAAUGGCUUCCGUGAAAGACACAGCAACUUUCUUCGUGGAGGGCACAGCGAGUCAGUUCGAACACGUCUUGGAGCUUUAUCCGCAGGCCCUCAGACUCAAGGCCGAUCACAAGACAAAAAAGCCCGAAGAACUGAUCAAGUUGGACGACUGGUAUCAGAAUGAGCUUCCAAAGAGGAUCAAGUCACGCGGCAAGGACGCGCAUCUCAAUCACGAGGAACUGGUGCAAACGAUGAAAUGGAAGCAAAUACGUGGGAAGUUCUAUCCUCAAGUGUCCUAUUUAAUAAAAGUGAACACCCCCCGUGCAGUGAUGGCGGAAACGAAGAAGGCGUUCAAAAAGCUUCCGAACAUUGAACAGGCGAUUACUGCCCUCUCGAACUUGAAAGGAGUAGGCACCACGAUGGCGUCGGCCCUAUUGGCAGCAGCAUCACCGGAGAGUGCGCCCUUUAUGGCGGACGAAUGUCUGAUGGCAAUACCGGAAAUCGAUGGCAUCGAUUAUACUAUCAAGGAGUACCUCAACUUUGUUCAGCACAUUCAAAAUACCGUGGAGAGGCUGAACAAACAAACGUCAAAUGGCAAAACAUGGAGCCCCCAUAGGGUGGAGCUCGCCCUAUGGACCCACUACGUGGCGUCCGAGCUGAAGCCAGAGCUACUGGACGGCAUUCCAGGCUCCACAGAGAACGGCAACUCUCAUCCGCCCAGCAACGGCGAAGCGACAGAACCGUCGGACGACAGCAAUCAGGAAGUGGCAGUGAACGGUAAGGAACCAGGCAGUAUUGAUCCGGCGGCCAUCGACGAGAACAGCAUGACCACGUCCUUCACCGAAGACUCGAUGGAUAAACCCGCUACGCCGAUUACAGUGGCCGUCGCCAGCGAAGACACGAACGAUUCCCUCGCCACGAACGACAACGAUGAUAGCAACAACACGCCGCGACCGACAGACAGCGAGGAUACCGAAGACUCACAAGACGUGCAGGAGCCGCCCACCAAGAAGAGUAAGAAGUGACCCACCACCAGCCAAGGAGCCACGAAUACGAGCAACAACGUCAGCACCCUCGUGUCGGCCGCCAAUCUAACGCUGAUCGCAGCGAGGCGCUUCUAAAAACCGCCAGGGUCACCGAUCAGGGUCGCGGAUAGUAGACCUGUAGCCUACCAUCGCACCAUCACGAUCGUUUUGAUGAUUCUCCUUCGCUCCUGCUCUCUCUCUUUCUCUCUUUCUCUCUCUCUCUCUCACUCUCCCACUCUCUCUCUCU